AUGGGUCUCAGGAUGACCUUCCAUUCACUAGUUUACCGACAUGGAGACAGAUCCCCUGUUUCAUCUUUUCCCACUAAUCCAGUCAGUGAAGAUGUGUGGCCACAGGGAUAUGGACAGCUCACUAAGAUUGGAAUGCAGCAGCAAUUCAGGCUUGGGCAAUCAAUCAAACUGAGAUAUAGCAACUUCUUAAGUUCUGAGUACAAACGAAAAGAGAUUUAUGUCCGAAGUACAGAUUAUGAUCGAACCAUUAUGAGUGCUCAAGUAAAUCUGGCUGGUAUGUACCCUCCGACAGGCAGCCAGAGCUGGAACAGUGCAAUCUACUGGCAACCAAUUCCAGUUCAUACUGUGCCUCGUUCACAGGAAAAGCUGUUAUCAUAUCCUAUUGAAGGAUGUCCACGUUUUUAUAAACUUCUAAAGGAAAGCAUGGCAGAACCGUCUUUCCAGGCCACAGUGAAGAAGCAAUUGAAAUUCCUUUCUCGGUUGUCACUCAACCUGGGAUAUGACAUGAAGACUCUGAUGGAUUUUAACAAUCACAAACUCUGGAAUGCAUAUGAUGCUUUACGAGUUCAGAAAAUUCACAAGCAACCUGUACCAUCCUGGGCUGGUAUGCAUCUCAUGAUGAGGCUUGGACAGCUUUUGGAGUAUUCCUUAAAUGUCUUGUUUGGAGGACCCAAAAGAGUAGAGAAAUCACGAUUACAAGGAGGUGUCCUUGUGAAGGCUAUUCUGGAUAAACUCACAAAAGCUGCUGAAUCUGCUGAUGCAACCAAAAUGAUAAUGUAUUCAGCACAUGAUAUCACAAUAGUUGCCCUCCAGAUAGCACUCAAUGUUUUCAAUUUAAAACUACCUCCCUACGCCGCUUGCCAAUUUUUUGAGCUAUACAAAGAAGAUAGUGGUGAAUACACUGUGGAGAUGCACUACCAGAAUAGCACGUUUGCUGAACCAUAUUCACUCAUUUUGCCUGGCUGCUCAAACGCUUGCCCACUGGAACAGUUUAGAAAACUGGUUUCUCCAGUCAUAGCAGAUGACUGGGACCAAGAAUGUAAAAUUUAAAGGGGCACAGGAAUACCUUAAGAAUGAAGACCAAAGUCGAAGGAAGGUCAGAGUAGCAAGUCAGCACCAGGAGUGGAACAGGAUGGCAAAUGAAACGUAAAACACCAGGGGCACUCGAUGGCACUUUCAUGUGAUCCUCACUAUCACAA